GGUACUCUGCUGGCGUCGCUGCCAUCGAGCCUGGCAGCUGGCAGCUGCGCUGCUCCGUGCUCUGCUCUGCUCUGUGAACGUUGUCGUUGUUCAAUGGCUAAAAACUCGGGUGUGUGCUGCGCGCAGAGCAUGUGAAAAAUUGACAACGUUUGCGCCAGAUAACAUAUACGUUGCGAAUUUAUUUAUAACAAAUUCACAAAAAAUUAACCGAGGUAAAUGUGCAACGCAAUACGUUCAAAACAACAACAAAAAUCACACCAAAUAUAAAGGAAAUAUAUAUUACAAAGCAAAAUGUGUGUGUAAAUAGAGAAAUAAUGAAUAAUUGUAUAUAAAAAUAAAAAUUGAUUUAUAUAAAGUGCAAAUAGAGAAAGAAAAGGUAGCCAAAAAAAAGAAAAAUAAGAAAAAAUUACACAAAUAAUAUGCAAUUGCAUUAAGGCAACUGUUGUUGCCCCAGUUGCAGCAACAACAACAAAAUAAGCAACUUAAAUUAAUCAAUUUAAACUUGAAGAAAAUUAGUAAGGAAAAAGUAAUACAAAGAAAAGAAAAAGAAAGAAGAAAAUCAAAGUGCUAACAUUUAGAAGAGAAUUUUUUUUGUGGGGCACUUCCGAGAGAAUGUCGCAGUGCAAUAAUGUUGCAACUGUCGGCAGCAGCAACAGCAACACGUUAACAACAACAACAACAACAAAAGCAGUAGCAACAACAACAACAACAACACCAAACAAAUCAAUCAAUUCUGCGGCCAACAACAAGUGUUUAAGCCAAAAGAGUUCGGCAUGAAAUGGAAGCAGCUAUACGCUCCACUUCAGUGCAGGUCGGUGCUCCGCCGCCCACAAACAACAACAACAACAACACCAGCAGCAGCAGCAGCAGUAACAGCAACAACACUAGCAGCAGCAACAACAAUAGUAACAACAACAGCAGCAGCAGCAACAACAACAACACACCAAACGGUGCACAGCAGCAGCAACAUCAGCAGCAGCAGCAGCAGCAGCACCAUCAACAGCAGCAGCAUCACCAACAGCAACAACGUGUUGUUGCCAGCAGCAACCAGCAACAACAGCUGCAACAGCAACAGCAACAGCAACAACAGCAGCAGCAUGAUAAUGGACCAACGUCCCAUCAUUUGCAUCAAUCAUCUAUCAGCAUCUCUAAUCAGCAAAAUAAAGCAACGCAACAGCAACAGCAACAGCAGCAGCAACACCAAAAGCAGCAACAGCAACAGGCUGCCAACAUGUCCGCGUAUCAACAACGCCUGCCAUCAAAUGCAGCUCCUAUUCACAGCCCCCACUGGUCGUACAGGGCCCUCGAGCAGCUGCCCCAUUAUGCCAAGCAGGUGGCGCAGCUCCAGCAGCUUCAGCACCAGCAGCAGCAGCAGCAACAGCAACAGCAGCAGCAACAACAGCAGCAGCAGCAAGACCAGCGAACCACUUUGCAUCCUCAAAUUCACCAUCAUCAUCAACAGCAAAUGCAACAGCAGCAGCAGCAGCAGCAGCAGCAACAACAAUCCUCGAGAGCGGCGGCCAGUCCAUUAUCACCACUACGUCCUGGAAAUCCUGGCAGUGGCAACAGCAGCAGUAGCAGCAGUAAUAACAGCAGCAGUGCAGCAGCGGCAGCAGCAGCAGCGGCAGCAGCUGCGGCGGCCGUUAGUACCGCUUACCCGCCUCCGCAGCACCGUUUCAUCCAGAAUACGGGCUAUAGCAUUGCCCCGGCGCCCACCUAUCGUGAGAACCCCUACUCGCGUCACCCCCAAAUUCAGCAGCAGCAGCAACAGCAGGCUGCAGCGUCGAUGCCAGAAUAUCAGAGGGCAGCAGCUAGAGCGGCUGUGGCAGCGGUGUCGGCGGGCAAAAGCAACGUAUCUGGCCAAAGUUCCAAUAGCAGCAGCAGCAGCGGCGGAGGCGGCGGAAGUGGUAGUGCCGGUGGAUCAGCACCACCCGGCGGCGGUGUCGUCCAGGUAUCGCAAUCCGGCGGAGUUUUGGUCAUGGAGGCCAUGCCCCAUUAUGCCAGCCAACCAAAUAGUAAUCCCUCCCAACAGCAGCAGCAGCAGCAGCAACAACAACAGCAGCAACAGCAAGGCGGCAAUCCCAGUGCCGUGGGAGGAGCAUCUGCUGCUGGGGGAGGUGGCGGUGGAGGCGCAGGCGGCAGUGGCAGCAUAAUGGCCGGGAAUUUGGGGCGCAUCCUGAUGCCCCAUCCAGGAGCUCUACAAUACACCAGCGAGUACCUGACCAAUGCCACAGCGGUGGCGGUUGCGGCAGCGGCCAACCAAUUGCAGCUGCAACAGCAGCAACAUCCGCCCGAGCCAUUUGGUGGCCAGCAGCCGUACAAGAAGCAACGGCUUAGCGAGGCCAAUGCCAGCAACAUGAAUCACCUGCCGCCGCCACACCCGCAACAACAUCAACAGCAGCAGCAGCAACAGCAACAGCAUCAGGCACACCAGCAACACCAGCGAUCCUCGCCAGCCCAAGUGCAACAGCAACAGCAGCAGCAGCAACAGAUGAACAGCAGUCGGCAGAGUCACAAUGAUAUGUGCCGACAAGUGGUCACCACGCCAAUGGGUAUGCAACUCAAGGUCGAAACGCUGCCCCAGCAGCAGCAGCAACUGCAGCAACAACAUGCCUCACAAUCCCAACGGCGUUCUCAACCAGCGGCGGGCAGCAUGUCCUCCGGAGUGAGUCAACCAGUGGGUAAUGUCAACGUUUCCACGUCAGGAUCGGCGGGGAGUCAUGGCGGCAGCAGCAGUAGCAAUAUUGCUGCAGGAUCCGGAUCGGGAUCCGCCAGCACAGAGGCCUACCAUCCACAGGUGGAGGCCAUUUCACCGACGUUGCCCAGCGAUAGUUCGAUCGAGGAACGUGGAAGGACCAGCGCCAAGGAGGAUCUACUCAUGCAAAUCCAGAAGGUGGACAAUGAGAUCAAAUCCGCUGAAACGACCAUGGAUACGCUGCGUAAAAAGGAGAAAUCCCUAAUGGAGGAGGCUGCCCUGGCCAAAGAGCAAAAGGCCGCCAAAGAGCUGAACGAGAAUAACAACGAUCAGGAGAAUGUGGUGGUGGAGCUAGCCUGGCGCAGUCAAAUGCUGGCCGAGAAGAUCUAUGCGGCUAAUCGUAAGACGGCCCAGGCGCAACAUUCCAUGCUGCAGAAUGCAGCUGCUGAGGAAUCAUCGGCAGGAUCCGUAGCCGGUAGACCAUGGUUGCCAUUGUAUAACCAACCACUCGAUGUGGAAGCCCUAACCAUGCUGAUACGUCAGCAUCAGAACCAGAUCCGCGGACCGUUGUUUCAGCAUAUUCGUAAACUAAAAGCUGAUCGCUGGCUGCACAAUCAGGGUCUGGUUGAGAAGUAUACCAAGGAGCAGGCGGACUGGCAACGCCGCUGCGAACGUAUGGAGGCCAGUGCCAAGAGGAAGGCACGUGAGGCCAAGAAUCGUGAGUUCUUCGAGAAGGUCUUCACGGAACUGAGAAAACAACGUGAGGAUAAGGAGCGUUUCAAUCGUGUCGGAUCGCGUAUUAAAUCCGAAGCGGAUCUCGAGGAGAUUAUGGAUGGCCUGCAGGAGCAGGCACUCGAGGAUAAGAAGAUGCGUUCGUAUGCAGUGAUACCGCCCCUGAUGCACGAUGCCCGCCAGAUGCGUUGUGCCUAUCAUAAUGAGAACGGACGCAUCGAGGAUAUGGUGGCAGUGCAUCAGCAGCGUAAGGCCCUCAAUAUGUGGACGGCCGGCGAGAAGGAGACCUUUAAGGAGAAGUAUUUGCAACAUCCGAAGAACUUUGGGGCCAUUGCCGCCAGUUUGGAUCGUAAAUCGCCUCAGGAUUGCGUUCGCUACUACUACCUCAGCAAGAAGACCGAAAACUAUAAGCAGUUACUCCGCAAAUCCCGCCAACGGACGCGCAGUUCACGUAAUCCUGCCAAGACACCGGCCGCUCAGCCGCAGUGCAUCAUCGAUUCGAUGACCACGGGCGUUAUGACUCGCCUGCAACGUGAACAGCAGCAAAAGUCCGGUGGUCGUUCAUCGGCCGUUGCCGAGCGUGAGCGUGCGGAACGGGCGGCCGAACGUGAACGUGUGGCAGAGAAAGCGGCAGCGGAUGCCGCCAAAGCGGCUGAAAGUGCCGCCGAGAAGGCAAGUGCUGCCACAAAAGCUGUGGAAGCAACGGCGGCCGGUGAAAAGGUUGCCAAAGCGGCUGCAGCAGCAGCAGCGGCAGCAACAACAUCAUCAUCAGCAACGUCAACUCCAUCGGCGGCGGCAUCAACGGAUAAAACGGAUGCAAAGGCAAAUGCCAGUGAAAAGAAUGCAGCAACAGCAGGAGGAGGAUCCGCGACAAUAACAACAGGAACUCCAGCUGCAGCAGCAGCAGCAGCAACGCCUGCAACAACAGCAACAGCACCACCACCAUCAUCAUCAGAGAUCUCAGCGGGCGGCGGCGAGGCCAAGAGCAAAGCUGCCGAAGAGGAGGCAGCAGCAGCAACAGCCGGUGCAGCAACUUUGGCCACAGCCGGUACACCGGCAACGGGAGCCAGUGCGGCCAGUGCUGGUGAGGCAACAACGGCAACGGGUGCAACGGCAACAGCUGCCGCCAAGGGUGCUGGGAAACCAGAAACUGCAACCGAACCAGCGGGAACUGCUGCCAAGGGAGCAGAUUCUCGGCUAGAUGAUCCACUGGCUAAAACUGGUUCAAAAGCUUCCAAUGCCGAGGGCUAUAAUGCCACCGGUGGCGGAACCACUAGCAAUGCUACAACCGCCUCUGCUCCGGCACAGGGCGUAACCUUGAAUGGCUUUAAGAUGGGCUACCAGGCUGUGGUCAUGGCCAAUGUAAAGGCUACUGCAGGUGGCGAGGAUUCGACGACCGGAGCAGGACCAGGAUCUGGAUCGGGGGUGACGAGUGGCAGCGGCGAUAAGAUCGUCAAGACAACGCCAUCAUCCCGAACGAAUCCGAAUUCAACGUCAUCCUCAACGGCAGUGGGUGAAAGUGGUGGUGCCGGAGUGCCCACUUUUGCUCACACGGCCACCACGGCUGGCAAUUAUCUUGGCCAGAAACUGAAGGCAGCUCAGGUGGAGGGAAUGGGAGCGGGCAAUGAUCUACACUCGGGUGUUAGUGAAUCGAAGAGGAAACGCUUUGAACUGAAUUCUGGCGAGGCACAAGGCAAUGCCACAUCGGCUAAUACCAAUAGCAGCAACAUCAACAGCAGUCACAGCCUAAAGGUCAAUGCCAAUAAGGAUGGAUUAUCGAUGUCUAAGACAUCGUUGGCAUCGUCCACUUCGGUUGUCACAUCAACACCAUCAUCAUCAGCAUCGUCUUCAUCGUCAUCAUCCAUGCUGUUGAUUAGUGCCGCAUCCAUCAUGUCCACCGCAUCGGGAGGUGCUACAUCCUCGAGCACAGCUACUACCACGGCCACGGCUCAGGCAAUCUCUAUGCCUCUACUGGCGGAUGGCAGUGGAAAUUCGAUGGUGAAUGCUUCGGAAAUCAUAGCUCUUGAUGGUAAAGACAAACUAGCCAGCUGCUUUGUGUGCAAGGCGGAGGCGUGUGCCCGCACCCGUCCACUGAAGAAGGGGCGUGGCCAGCAGUAUGGGAUACCCGACGAGACAAUACCGGCGGGAGCACGGGUCUGCAAUAGCUGUCAAUGCAAAUCGGUGCGCAGCCGCUAUCCCAAUUGUCCGCUGCCCACGUGUCCGAAUCCCAAGGAUCGGGCCCAACGUCUGCGGAACAUUCCCUCCCGGCUCUUUGAAUUGGCACCGGAGAUUCGUGAUCCGGUAAUGGCCGAAUUCCAAAUACCGCCGCAUGCCACCCGCUGCUGUUCGGCCUGCCUGAUGCGCAUCCGUCGCAAGCUAGAUCCGCAGCUGAAUCUCACGGACGGCUCCAGUGGCGGAGCGGGCAGUGGCAGCGGUGGCGAUGAGACGGAUGUUAGUACAUCGUCGUGUGAUGAACGAGAACCGGGUGGAUCGGAUACAGCAUCCGUAGAGAGUCCAGAGAAUCUGCAGCGCCACAAGGUCCGUCAUUACCACCAGCAACAGCAGCAACAACAGCAGCAGCAACAACAGCAGCAGCAGCAGCAGCAGCAGCAACUAUCCCAACCACAGCCACCGCCAGCGCCGCAACAGAAGGCAUCGACUCCGCGAGGUGGUGACAAUGGAACGCCAUUGAUUAUCACACCAACACGGAUGAGUAGCAAGGCAGGAGUGGCUCCACCACCUGGAGCAGGUGAUAAUGAUCGACUAUUGCCACCAGCCGCUGGACAGGCACCUAAAAAGCAGAAGACCAGCGAAGAAUACGAUUCCUCGGCCACGGAAACGGCGGAUGAGGAGAAUGAGAACUCACCGGCCAAUCGCCAGAGUCCCAAAGUCCUGUUCCAUGGCCAUGAUCGUGGUCAUGUGGGUCAUGCCAAUAAUGUUGCAGGUCUUCAGCCACCGGUGGCCAACAUGGGGCCGGGUGGUGGUGUGCCCACGGGCGGAGCACCGGGUCAGCAGGUGAACGGACCGAUUAGUAUGCGUCGCGAGGCGGUCAACAAUGUCCAGGAUUGUGUUUUCUCGGUGAUCGAACGUUCGCUGAAGCACAAGGGACCGCAACCCAAAGGCGGACAAGGUCAACAGCAGGGUCAGGGUCAAGGACAGGGCCAGGGACAAGCUCAAGGACAAAGCCAAUCCCCAUCCCAGCAGCAACAGCAACAGCAGCAGCAGCAGCAACAACAGCAACAACAACAACAGCAGCAAUCUGCUAAUAAUCUGGAACGCAAGGAGCUGACAAUUGUCAGGGAAUACCGCCAAGAUCCGGGUAUUCUAAAGCAGCAAUCCGGCGGAUUACCACAGGGAGCACCGCCCACCUCGGGAGCCGGUAGCCUGCCGCAUGGCACCUCCGUGCAGAAGCUACCAUCUCGUCCUGCGGCAGUGGCACCACCGCCGCCGCCGGCUCAUCCAUUGACGCCCACCAGUACAGGAAGUGCCAGUGGCAGCAACAACGGUACCAGUGAUAGUCUUGCUACCCUAUCGGUGGUCAACUCUCACAUGGGCGUUGGUGUUGGUGCCGUGGGACAGCUCAGUCAUCCAGGCCUUAUGGGACACGCUCCAAGCGCUGGAGGCGGAGUGGUAGGAGGAGGAGUCGUUGGUGUGGAUAAGGCCACCAUUACACCGGUUGUAAAGACCUCGAGCGGAUCAUCGAAGAGCGGUGGUGCGUCCACUCAUUCGACUCCCACGCCGCCGGAGACCAUAAUCUAUAAUGUGCCCGCGGCGCAUCCGCAACGUGGUAUACCACCGCCGCCGCAGCACUCGGUACAUCCUGCCCAUCCGUCGCAUGCCCAACAUCCGGCUCAUCCGCAACAUCCAUCGCAUGGCCAGCAUCCGCAGCUACAAGUCCCAGAACCAGAACCUCAGACUCUGGACUUGAGCAUUAAGAAGCCACCGCGUGAUGGCCAUUCCCCGCAUACGGGUGCCGGUGGUUUGAGCAGUUCUGGAUCGGGUGGUCCACCCACAUCAUCGGAUCGACAUCAUGGUCCACCACCACCGACCAUGUCAAUGAAGCACAUUGUCCGCUCGACGGGCAUGUAUCGUGGCGAUGCCGUAACCGUUCCUUCACUCGCAGCGCCCAGUUCGUAUCUGUAUCCGACACCACCGCAUGGAGUGCUUAAGGCCACCGGUGGUGCUCUCUAUCUUCAACCAGUCCCGGUGCCCAUUUCCAUUUCCGGACAAGGUCAACUACCGCCAAGAGCUGGACAACCGCCGCCGGCACAGCCGCCAUCUAGCAGAGGUGUGGCCAAGGCACCACCCAAGCUGAGUCCACAGCAGGCCCAUCAUUUGCAUCCCAGUCAUGGGCAUUCGCCGUCGCAGCAGCAACAGCAGCAGCAGCAGCAACAACAACAGCAGCAGCAGCAGCAACAACAACAACAGGCGGCUGCACAACAGCAAUUGCUGGUGAAGAGUGGCUCCAUAACCCAUGGUACACCGGCAAAUAGUGCCCAACAACAGAUUAUCGUACACGCAGCAGCAGCUGCGGCUGCAGCCUCAUCAUCAUCGCUUCUCAGUCCGAAGUUCGAGGGUCUGGUUAGGCAAACCACACCCGACGGAUCCGUAGCCGGUGGACCAGGAGGACCUGGUGGCAGUGGCAAACAUGGAUCCAUAACGCAGGGUACACCACUGCACCUGCCGCCGCAUCAUUUGGAGGCCAAGAGGCCAUACGACAACUACUACAAGAGCUCGCAGCGUCACAGUCCCGCCCAGCAGCCGGGUGUCAAUCAGCAAUUGCCUCCGCCACCGCAGCAAUCAUCGCCCCAGGCGCCACCGCCACAGGGUUAUGGAGUGGGCGUAAGCUCACCCUAUGCUCGAUCACCAUUUGGCGGAGUGGUGGAACAACCACCGGUACUAAGUACACGCCAGAUCGUGAUGCAUGACUAUAUCACCUCGCAGCAAAUGCAGGGACAGCAACAACAGCAACAGCAGCAGCAGCAACAACGCAAUAUGUCGCGUGGCAGCAGUGCCAGCGGUGGUGGAGGAGGCGGUGGGUCUGACAAGGAGUCACCCUCACCCAGGAACAGUGUAGGCAGUGCCGGUGGUUUUACUUAUGGCGGUGACAAGGAAUCAGCGCCCAGGGGCCGACUGGAGUACUCCAGCCGGGCAUCGCCAGCAGAUCAUGCCAAUAGCACACCUAGUCCUCAUCGCACGCCUCCGCCGCAACGCCAGGGUGUUAUCCAGAGGCACAACACGGGCUCCAAGCCGCCAUCACCGGCAGCUCCGCCACCAAGCAGAAUGCACAUCGGUCCCCCGUAUCAAUAUGUUCCAAGUGGUCACGAUGCCCUGGCAUCGUUUGUAGACGUGGCCGUCCAGCAGCCGCAGCUGCCGGUGCCAUCACAAAAGGAUGAUAAGUCACCAGGUGGUGCUGCACCGCCGCCAGGGCAAGUACCUGGACCCGGAUCUGGACCACCACUUGGUCCCGCUGUCCUGCCGCCGCAUGCUGUGGUCGGUGUGGCCCAGCCACCGCCGCCAACCGCUCACCACGAUCAGCGAUAUCGUGAAUUGGCCUUGCAUCAUCAUCACACUGUGAUGCAGCAACAAAUUGCCCAUCAGCAGCAUUACCGCAGCCUCAAUGUGGCGGCCCAGGUCGAUAUGCAGCGACAAAUGGAUCAGGCAAAGCGUGCCAUGCGCCACCAGCAACAUCAGCAACAGCAUCAGGCACAGCAGCAGCACAACCAUGCCCUCGAACGGGAUAGGGAGAUGAUGCAAAGCCAGGAGAGGAUGCGUGAACGGGAUCGUGAACGUGACAGGGAACGUGAACGGGAGCGUGAACGAGAGCAGCGGGAUCGAGAACGUGAUCGAGACCGUGAACGGGAACGCGAACGACGCGAACAGGAUCGCGAACGGCGUGUGGUGGCCGAAGAAAGGGAGCGCGACAGUCGCCGUAUGGAGCGAAUGUUUGCUGGCGGUGUGGUCACAGCACCAGUUGGAGCCGGUGGUGGAGGACCGUCUCCCGGUCAAUUCUUGAGGGCUUCAGUGCCAGAAACUGGUCCACCACGCUCAAUACCAGAUCGUGAACGGGAAUCAUACUACCGGCAGGCACACGGCGGUCCAGCUCCAGAGGAUACCCCCGGACAACUGAGCGCCCAAAGUCUAAUCGAUGCCAUCAUCAAGCAUGAGAUCAAUCGCUCCAAUGAUGCCACAGCUGGUCCAGGACGCGAGUUUCCCCGUCCGACCUUCGUGCAUGCCCCGUUGCCGCCACGUGGAUCUGGUUCGGGCGGCUCGACGGGCACUAGAUCAUCGCCAGCGAAUGUCCUCCAUCCGAUGUAUUUACGUGAUCAUCGUCAGACCAUUGAUGGUGGAGCGGUCUCUCUACUGACGGCGGAGAACAAUGGCAAGCCAAGCUCGUCGGGAUCGCCAAGUGUAAUUAAUAUUGAUUUAGAUCAGGAACGGAUUUCUGCAGCAGCCGCAGCAGUUGCCCAGCAGCAACAGCAGCAGCAAGCACCGCCGCCGCCAUCGCAAUCGUCGCAGUCAAGAUCGGUGCAUGGUCAGCUGAGAACACCGACCUCCCAGGCUGGCGGUUCGGCACCAAGUCCCCAGCAGAUUCAUACGAAGAGCAUUACCUUUGGGGAGCUUACUGAUUCGAUAAUAACCAAUGACUAUGGUACCAGUCCGCAUCUGCGACCGCCGCCAACCUUUAUGACCUAUUUGCAGCAGGAGGCUCAGACCAUGCUGCCACCGGAACGCUGGAAGCAGAAUCGCCGUAUGCAGCAGAAGGUUGACGAAGCGAAGCACCAUUCACAGCAGCAACAGCAACAGCAGCAGCAUCAGCAGCAGCAGCAACAUCACGCCCAGCAACAGCAGCAACAUCAUGCCCCACAGCAUCAUCCACAGAUGACUGGUAGUGGCUCUGGCUCAGCACCAGGUGGCGGUGGUCAGGGUGGGGCACCCGGUGGCCCCGGCAGUGGAGCAGGAAGCGGCGCCGGCAGAGCCAAUACGCCCGGCGAAGAUGGACGUAACAUUAUCCGUAUGCCGCAGCCUGUCAGUCCAAGGAAAUAUAGCCAUGAGAUGAUGCUACACCACGUGAUGGCUGGUGGCGCGGCGGGUGGUGAUCAAUACUUUAUACCCAGUCGUGUGGUGCCUUUGGAACAAAGAGGAACGCCCAGCGGUGGAAGUGGAGCACCUGGAGCAGGAGGACCCGGCUCUGGAGGCGGUGCCUCGACCAUUGACAACUAUGUAAAGACCCGCAUUGCCGAGGUAAUGCGCGAUGACGUUGCCGGCUAUGGCAAGAACCGAACUGUUGAGGUGCGAACCGAUGAUGAAGUAACCGCCGAUAUGGUGGCCCAUUCGCAUGCCGCCGUUCACGCCGCCCAUGUGGCGCACGUGGCCCAAGUGGCUCAUGCUUUGGAGCUGCAGCACAGAAGCAAGGAGCCGCCGCCACCGGAGAUUAGUGUUUCACGAAAGACGCCCAAUCAAUACGAGGUGGUAGAUGCCAGUGGUAGACGCUCUGCUGGCAGUGGCUCCGUGUCGGUCUCCGUUUCCGGGGCCAAUAGUCAUCAUUCACCGUAUCAUCCACCCGCGUCGGCCUAUGCUCCCAGCACCUAUGCCUUCCCCUAUAGCGCGCUGACUGUGCCGAGUGCUGCCGGUGGAUUACCGCCACCACAGCCACUGCAGCUAGCCCACCAGGCAGUGGCACCUCCCGGCCAUCUAAGUGCCAAGGCCAAGGCAGCACAUGCCCUCAGUGAACUUGGUGCAGUCGGUGGCGGUGUUUCCUUGGUGGUGGGCGGUGGAUCCGGUGGUAUUGCAGGCGGACCAGGUGGUGUAUCGGUGGGUGGCGGUGGCCCCGGUGCCGGCGGACCAGGAAGUGGUGGAGGCGGACAUAAUUCAAGUUCAUCGUCAGCAGCUGCUGUUGUGGCAGCUGCAGCAGCAGCGGCAGCGGCUGCCAGUGAAUCGAAGCCAUUGCUGUUGUCCAAGUACGAUGCCCUUAGCGACGAAGAUUAGUUGUGACUGCCGGCGUCGUCCUCGGCGUCGGCGUCGCACCUGCGGCCAGCAGCAAUAGCAGUAGCAGCAACAUUACCGCCCGGCAGCAGCACGAGCGUUGUCUACGGCUAUCCUGGCUACCGGCGACACUCCCAGCAUCAACAACAGCCACCAACACAUCCGCAUCUUGUCCAGCAGCAGCAACAGUCGCCGCAUCGUCAACAGCAGCAACAGCAACAGCAGCAGCAGCAGCAGCAGCAACUCUACCAGACCACUGUACUGCCUCCUCCAUUGCAGUCCCAGCAGCAACUACAGCAACAGCAACAGCAGCAGCAACUCCAUCAGCAGCAACAGCAGAGGAGCCUCUACUAUGCCAGUGAGCAUUAUCCGGGAGGCAAUGGAGGCAGUACUGCUGGCGGCAAUCCAGGCUACUACUGACAGCAACACUAAUUGCAGCAGCAGGAGCAGCAACAUCAUACGUAGGUUACCACAAUCGAAACACCAAGUUGUUGGACAAGAAGCCUGUAAGGUUAAAAAACAAAAUAUGUAUAAAAAAAAGAAAACAAUAAGGCUUUAACUAAAAACAAGAUUUAAAUCAAGAAAGAGAGAGAUAGAGAGAUCGAGAUAUUAUGAAACAAGCGAAGAGACAGAGUGGGAUGGCAGGUAGACUUGACAUCUAGCUAAAAUUAUGAUUUCGAUAUUUUUAACGUAACUUCUUCAGGUUGCUUUCAAAAUCAGACUUAUUUUUGAAUUGUAAAAAAAAAAUCAACAAAAAAUUGUAAACUUUAAAAAUGCUAAACAACCAGAAAACUAAUAAUUUUUGUAAUUAAUAUUUACCAAAAACUGCAAUACAUUAAUUAUAAUUUCAUUUUGGCUUAAAAUCCUGUGGCAAUCUUUGCAAUAUUUUCAUUAUAAUUUCAUUUUGGCUUUAAAAACUGAGAAAUUACUGCAAUAUUUUCAUUAAAUUUAUAAAAUUAGUUUAACAAUACUUUAACAAAGUCUUUAAAUUCAAAUUUAAGUUUCCAAACAGAGAAUCUACAAUUGUAUAUAUAAAAAGCUAAAUUAUAUAAGAAUUCUGUUCGACUAACUUUGAUAUAUGAUGUGAAAUCCACCUGUAUCCUCUCGAUUCUUGAGGCAUACACACACCCUCACACUCGCAUAACUGCGUGUCCUUUUUGUCGUUUAUAUGUAUUUGUGUUUUCGUUAGUGUGAACGCGUGUGUGUAUGUAAUUGUCCUUGUUCGUUCGUGUAUAAUUCCUCGACCUCGUAAUCCUUCUCGUUAAAACACAGCUCUAACCUCAGCACCCCGAGUCAGAAAAGUAAUGGAAAAAAUGGUAGUGACAAACAUAUAUAGAUAUAUACAAAAAGAAAAACUAAAAAUCACACCACACACACACACACAUGCAUAUAUAUAUACAAUACACUUAAGAUUAUAAGAAGUAAACAAAAUAAUAAAAAAAACACACUGUUGGGCUGUUCUUAGAAAAAAAAAACAAAAAACCUAAACAAGUAAAACGAGAGACAAGUAAAUAUAUAUAUAUAUAUAUAUAUAUAUAUAUAUAUACACG